AAAGUAUUAACAGAGUGGAGGAUCAUGACAUCCGUACGAGAGUGCUAUAAAUGUGUAAGCCACCCCGCAUGUUAAGCUAGGGAGAAGAAACAAAGUCCUGAUCUUUCAGGACUAGUUCUUCCUGAACUCUCUCUCUUUCUUUCUCUCUGUCGUACUUUGAACUUCGCUGAGCGCAGUGCUGCCGGCGAUCGAAGUAGUUCCAUCCAUUUCCUUGGCAAUUAAUAGAAAGAUGGAGAAGCGCGGAUGCUGCGGCGGCUUCCUAGAAGCCUCGAAACCCUACUUUGCAAUGAUAUCGUUACAAUUUGGCUAUUCCGGAAUGAACAUUCUUGGUAAAGUUUCUCUCAACGGAGGGAUGAGCCACUACGUGCUGGUGGCUUACUGCCAUGCCUUUGCAACUGCGGUCAUCGCCCCCUUUGCUUUCAUUUUCGAGAGGAAAGAGCAGCCAAGGAUUACAUUUCCUGUUUUCGUCCAGAUAUUCGUCCUCGCUCUUCUUGGUCCGGUGAUUGAUCAGAACUUCUAUUAUGCCGGUCUGAAAUAUACGUCGCCAACUUUCUCAUGCGCAAUAAGCAACAUGCUCCCUGCCAUGACGUUUGUCAUGGCAGUCAUAUUCAGGAUGGAGAAGCUGAGCCUGAAGAAAGUAAGGUGCCAAGCACAGCUAGUGGGAACCGCAGUGACAGUGGCUGGGGCUAUGCUAAUGACUUUGUACAAAGGACCCUUAGUGAAGAUGGUUUGGUCGAAGCACAUCCAUCCUCCUAAAUCUUAUGGGAAAAGUUCCUCCGGAAACAGCGACAAGGACUGGUUCAAGGGCUCCAUCUUUCUUAUCAUCGCUACCCUUGCCUGGUCGGGCCUUUUUGUUUUGCAAACACAUGCGUUGAAGACAUACAAGAAUCAUCAGCUGUCUCUUACAUCUCUGAUGUGCUUUGUGGGCACUCUUCAAGCCAUUGCUGUCACCUUUGUCAUGGAGCACAAAACCUCCGUUUGGAAAAUUGGCUUUGGCAUGAAUCUCCUUGCUGCCGCCUAUGCUGGAAUCUGACAUCAAGCAUUUCAUACUUUGUCCAAGGCUAGUGAUAAAGAAAAAAGGACCCGUCUUUGCAACUGCUUUUAGCCCCUUGCUAAUGAUAAUUGUAGCCAUUCUGGGCUCCUUCAUCCUGGCAGAGAAGAUUUUUCUUGGAGGGUAAUUUAAUUAGCUUGCUCUCUGAUCUCUUCACUCAAAAUCCUUGCAUGAAUGUGCGUGCAUGCAUGCCAUCCUUAAUUAUCCAAAGAGAUAUUAAAUGUGACUUCAGAAUAUAAAUAUAUAUAUAUAUAUAUAUAUAUAUUUAUUGUAGUAGAGUUAAUAUAUCAUUAUCAUUUAAUUAGUAGACCUACUAAUUAGUAAUAUAAUCAGAUAAAUCAUGUCAUGUGGUGGGUGCAGUGUGCUGGGUUCUAUCUUGAUUGUAAUGGGACUUUACUCAGUCCUAUGGGGAAAGCACAAAGAGAGUAUGGAGAAUAAAGCCGCUCUUGAGGAAGAGAUACCAGAUGCUAUAAAGGUUGCCCAAGUAAGUGGGAAGGCUGUUCCAAUAAUCGGGGAUAUUGAAGCAAAUGAAAUCCAAAUGGGAAAGGGAUCAGAUGAUCGAGAAUUAGCGGCCACAAACAAAUAAAGAUCUCGUAUGCGGCCGUUAGCAAUUAAUAUGCCCAAAUGAAUUCCAGAUCAUCGAGCUGGCAGCUCGAGUCCUAUGCAUGCAUGAAGGCUAGCCAGCCAAGACACAAAAUGAUCAUAUCAUAGGACCAUAGGGAAG